CUGGCUAUGGCCUCCGGUGCGGGCCUGGCCCGCUGCCUGCUGCGUGGUGCCUCGUCCCCGGCCUGCCACGAAACAUAAGUGCUGCAGGAGGCCGGAGAGCAGGAGGUAAUCCAACCUUACCUGUCUGCGGUUCCCCGGUUCCCACAGCCCUACAUCCCCCGAUGCUGGCGUCCUUCAGCCGCCCUGCCGCUCCGGGCCGGGGACCCCGAGCUGUUGCCGUGAGAGAUCUGAAAAUAGGUGCCAAGUGAUGCCUCAAGCACAAACUCUCGAAGUUGGAUACGUCUGCUUUCUUUCCUACAGAGCUCAGAAGACAGAGGUUGGAGAUCUGAUUGCUUGUAAUUGAACAUGGCAGGAGAUGUGAAAAGAUUCACACGCAUGCUACUGGAAUGCAACAGCAAUGACAAGCUGUGUGUUGUGCGUGAAUAUCAGACUGAAGUGAUUGUUGUCCCAGCUCUCCUUGUGGGUUUUUUUGUCAUUCUGCUAACUGUGAUCCUUUGGCUGCAUUGCCGAGGCUUGCGAACAAGAACAAAGCGGGAGGAAUCAUCAUCAUCUGGACAACAAGCGAACAACAAGAACCAGCAGGAAUCCAGUUCACAAGAGAACCACUGUAUACAGCUGAGCGAGAUAUCUACAGAGAUCCUGCUAAGUUCUGCAUCCUUGACUCUGAAAGAACUGCAGAUGCCACGGGAGAAACUCUCACUAGGCAGUCUGCAGAUAGUAAAACAUGGCCGUAAUGGGAGCUUCUACAGAGCAAAACUGGAAACUGGGAACUCAGGGAAGACUAAGAGUGUCAUAUUGAAAGCCUUACAAGAUCUGGUUAGUCCCCAGGAAGUAAAGGAUUUCCUGGGAAGGAUUAAAUUCCAUCAAAAUCUUGGCUAUCAUGAGAACCUGGUUGAAUUGGUUGGAUGCUGUGUAGAUCGAUUCCCACUUUAUAUGAUAAUGGAAGAUGUAACUCUUGGUGACUUGCUAAAGUUUCUAUGGACAUGUCGUAAGGAUGUAAUGACAGUGCAUGGUGUCCCCUACGACCUCACUGAAAGGCAAGUAUACGAAGUUGGACAACAAGUUGCAGCAGCUCUGGCUUACCUUGAGGAGAAGAAGUUGUUCCAUGGUGACAUCGCUGCCAGGAAUGUCCUACUUCAGCACAACUUCACUGCCAAGCUCUGUGGUUUUGGGCUGGCCUAUAAAGCUCAUACAUAUGGUGCCAGCUUGGUCACAGAAAUGGUGUCAGUAAAGUGGCAGGCACCAGAGCGGCUUCUAAAGGACCCCCCUAGCAUCAAGGCAGACAUAUGGUCUUUUGGAAUUCUGCUGUAUGAAAUGAUUACAUUAGGUGAUCCACCAUAUCCUGAGGUCCGACCUUCUGACAUCUUGCCAUACCUGCAGAGACGAAACAUUAUGAAACAGCCCUCAAGCUGCCAGCAGGCCAUGUACAGCAUCAUGAAGUCUUGUUGGCAGUGGAAUGCAACUGAUAGGCCUUCUCCGUCAGACCUGAUCCAGAGCCUACAAACAGCUAUGAAGACCAGUAAUGACCAGAGAGUUCUGCAGGUUCCUGAGCUAGUGGUGCCUGAAAUCUAUGCUGAUAUCGCUGGUGUUGCAAUGGACAGUUUAGUGAGUGACUAUACUGUACUUUGAAGGACUCUUUCUCAUAUUAGUAAAAGAGAGGUCUCUAUAUUGCCUAUUCAAGACACUUGGCAAACUCAGAAUGAGAUGUUUAUGUAUAUACUUCAGAUGUGUCCUCCACACUUGAAAUAAUGAACUGGUAGUAGCAGUACUUUUAAAUCACCCUGCUGAUACCAUUUUGACAGUGGUCAUUUCAAAGCAAAAUGGAUUUAGGAAGCUGUAGAAAAUGCAAUGAGAAAUUUGAGUUUUAGGUUUUUUGAAAUCUCUAUCCAUUUUUCUUUCCCAUGAAACUGCAUCACUUGAAUAUUCAGAAGAUGAGGUGUCCAAGAGGAAUACGCUCUUGGGCACAAUCUUAUUGGAAUAUGUGGACAGAGUAGGUAACAGAAAUGGAUGGCUUCCUGUCCUGCCAACAGUUCACAGGCUGGUUCAGCCCAGUUCUGUGACUAGCAGGCUGAGGGUACCCACAGACCCAUGUCCUGGGACAGGGAAAAGGGUGGGGAGAUGGGCCUAAAAACAAACAGCGACAGUAAUCUGAGGAGAAACAAACUAAUUUACUAAAAAUGAUAUCAAAAUGCAAGAUAACACGGUAUAAUGUAAUAUAACACAGUGUAAUUGGAAUUGAGGAUAAUAAAUCAAACAAAAUGAGAGUGUCCAAGAACUGAAGGCCUUACUCUAAGUAAGCUAAGGUGAUACAGUACCUGCAACAGAGAUGAGCCAGAAGAUCAAAAAAGAAGGUCCUGUAAAAACUGCAAACAGUUUUUAUUUUUCCCUCUGAGUAGAAAACAGUAACAGAACAGCAAACAGUUUUUUGGGAGAUGUAGUUCCUCUCUGGGACAGGUACCCAGAACUGGAGCAUUAACUCUUUAACUCCCAGUACACUACAUGAUGUUAUGAUGUGGAAUACUGAUAACAAAAAUCAUAAAACCAUGACACUGUGCAUUAUUUUCACAUUUGCUAAAGGCCUAUGUGAUUAACUUGCAUUAUUGCCUGUUAAGUGCUCAAUAAAUGUCUGCGAUCUCUCCAGAGCUUUGCAUGAAAGAAUAGGCACUGUAUAUUUUAAACAAAAUAAAAUGCUUACAUAUCUGUGACUACAGAAAUUUUUAAAUUGAAAUGAUGCAUCUCCACAUAGAGUGUGCUUUUUCUGUGGUAGUGAUGAGAUUGAGUGCAUACUUGUUACAAAUGGAAACUGCUUCAGUCAUAAGGGAGAAGCAACAGUAUGUUUAUUGAAAUCAUAUAGUGAUUUAGCAAUGCUUGAUUGUAAAUAAGACAGUGAUUUAGAUGGCAGAGUACAGUGACAGAGAUGUCAAAGUACACUUAAUUCUUUACUGCAUAAAGGAUAGGGUUAUACAACUCAUCCAGAAGACCUUCCUGUUGAGUCAUGAGGUUCAUAAUGCAGCCCUUUGCUUUCUUAACACCUUGAACAACAGAGGUAAAGAGCCUGGGUGCAGCUGCAUCUACUGCUAGACCCAAACUUGGUCAAAGGUUUACAUCUAAGAGCUUGUAUGUGCACUGUCAAUCUAAGAUACAAUCUUAACAAGGGUAACAAAGCUUACACAAACUAUUAAUCACUUACUGAAGUUCUGUAUCAGCAAGAAGACACUUGUGAUCAGGAUGUAAGGGAUCUUUACAGCAAGUGUAAACUCAAGAGCUGUCUCUACUCAAAGGGAGAUCCUAUCAUGCAGCUAGCUGCCAUGCAGAGAGUUCAAGUCUUGCUUGGCUGCUCACUAUUUGUGGGAUAAGAUGGUUGACUCAUAGCUGUAUUUUUUGCCACGUGCUCAACUGGCCCUCAGCUGUUGAACAAAGUAUCUGCCAUCAGUUCUUUCAGCACCCAGUUUGAGGCAGAUUUGUGUUCGUUAUCUGUCUUAGCAAGAUUCUGAGUGUAACUAGUAUUGUGCUUGCUAUCUGCCUGAAAAGGCCCUAUGUGUAACAGUCAGAACAAAGGAGGAAGUUGUGGGAGGGCACACUAUAACGAUACUCCAAGAUAAAAGGAAUAUGAUCCCAUCCUUAUCACAGGGAAAAGUUCUUACUGACCUCAAGUUCUCAGGGAUGGUUCUUAAUUAAUCAUUCCUUUGAGCAGAACAGGUCAUUUGUGCUUCUUUUUUGAGUUGCAAAUUGUUGGGUUAAUAAAUGUAUGUUUUCUUUUAAGGGAGGAGGAUAUCUGGUUAUAGUUACAACAGCUAUUGUGAAAAUAGUGUGGAAGUAGUAGGAGUACACCAAAAAAGAAAGGCUGAAUUACAAUAAAACAACAUAUGAGGAGGAUAAACAUGCAUAGUGAUUGCGUGGGAGUAGACUGUAGGCUAUACUUAUCUCUGUGAUGACAACUUUGGUAUAAAACUUCUGUACUGAGGAUGCAGGUAUUUGAUAUUACCUUCUUAGCUACCAUAUGACAAGUGUGACAGCACGUAGCAUUUUGUGAAUAUUGUGAUGAAAACACAGCUGAUGUCUAAAGGAAACAAGUCAACCAGCCUACUGAAAGAUGUCUAUUGUGCUUGGCUUGCUAUGAAGAAGAGUUGCAUGGAAUAUUCUAGCUGCAAAUGGCAUUAGCCUUCAGCAUUAAUCACAGGAAUUAGAAACUGAAAAAUUAGAAAAAGUGGAGCGAACCAUUCAUGCAGGUAAAUGUCAUCAGUAUACUUAGAGAGAAAUAAUUUUGCAGUUUUGGUUUAUAAAAAAAAUCCUGUACUGUGGAGAAAGUGUUCUAGUUUUGCGGAUGAACCACCUAGGACCCACAGCUAUUACAGAAAUGAAAUAAAUAUCUUGCCUCUCUGUGUA